UUGUGCUGAUCACGAUUGUGUCUUGUUGUUAGGCAUCCUUAUCUUCGUUGAGGAAUGGCAUUCAACACUCGGCACCUGAUUUUCAUCUACCUCUUAGUCUGUGGUAUGCUGUCCGUUGGAUUUGAAUUCAAGUAUCUGAAAUAUUGCGGACCGCCAGACAAAACCCUUAAGUACAAAAUUACGCCAUGGCCCGAGCUGAAGCCCGGUCAACCAGUAAAUAUUACGAUCUCUUUCACACCUGGUGUAGACAUCUUUACAUCAACACGGCAGUACGUAGCAAAAAACGGCGGACACACAGGCAGAGGAACAACUGACAUUAAAUGCAGUGAAGUGCCGCAAAUUUGUAAUUUAGCAGCAGGAGGUAUGUAGCGUCAAAAUCUUUCUUGUGGAGGGGGAAUGGGGGAGGCGGAGUACUAUUUAGUAAAUUGAGGUCAUUUUUUCACGAAUCUGUCCUGUUAUUGAUCAUGAAUUUCAUUAUAACAUUGUCAAAGUAUACA